AUGGAUCCAAAUAUAACGUACUCCUAUUUCAAACAACGAAAAGAUUUCGGAAGACAGGUUAUGUUCUGUGAAGUAGCACCACAAAUGUUGGAUUCGAUUAAUCCAGAUAAAAGCGAACAAAAUCAAUACUGUCUCCGCAAUCCAGUUCACAGAGAGGUUCAAACCUGUGUGAGAACGUCGGAAAAUUAUAUAAAUACGAAAGUAACGAAAAGCAAAACUACUGGCAUUAACCAUUCUGAAGGUGGAUGGCCUAAGGAUAUUUUCUAUACCGAUGAAGAGGCAACAGCACGAUACCGUCGUCGUUUCGAGCGAGAUGACGGAUACAUUGAUGCUGUAAAAAACCUCAAUCCAGACUUCGAGCAUUAUAUUCAGCAAAACAAUGCUAUUGAAAUGUACAACAUUUAUUUUAAAGAAAUCGCCAGUGAAAAACCCGUUGAGAAGUUUUUAAUCAAAGUGAACAGCUCAUAUAAAGAUGUUGGUACUCGACCUGUCAGCGAUAUCUGUUGGACGCAUGAAGAUCAACCAAAACUAGCAGUUUCGUAUUGUAAAAAAGCUUUUCCUAAAAAAGAGUCGCUAAACAAUGAUUUUGUUUGUCAUCUUUGGGAUAUUGAGAACCCAGGCGAACCAUGUUCAAUUUUUUGCCCACCUUCAGCUUGCUGGCAGCUGGUCACCUCACCUGCAUCUUCAUCCAUGUUCUAUGCAGGACUUGAAAAUGGUAAAGUAUGCAUUUUCGAUAUACGGUCUCAGAUAGAACCGAUUGCAAUAAGCCCAGAUCAUUUAGCCCACAGAGAUCCUGUAAAUGCUCUUUUAUUCAUACCGUCUCGUCUUAAUACUGAAUUUUUUAGCGGAUCAACCGAUGGUUUAUGUAUGUGGUGGGAUGUGCGUAAUAUUUCAAAGCCGAUCGAUAGCCUUUUAAUGGCUAUACGUAUCCCUCAAGGAGAAGUGUCAACUUACACAACUUCGGAACCAGUGAGUGCGUUACAAUACGAUCGGGCGUUUCCUACUAAGUUCUUGUGUGGAACCGAUACUGGUUUUGUAAUUAGCGUAAACAGAAAGGGGAAGAGUCAUCAAGAAGUCAUGAGCGCUGUGUUUAACGCACAUGAUGGUCCAGUGAAGUCCGUUCACAGGAGCCCUUGUACGUCAAAAGUUUUCAUUACAUGCGGCGGUUGGAAGGUUAAUAUAUGGAGCGAAGACAUUCAUUCAUCUCCUAUUAUUUCUGGUUCGGCACAUGAUCACUACAUAAACGAUGUUAUUUGGGCACCCAAGCGAUAUUCUGCUUAUAUGACAGUUUCCGCCGAUGGUAAAUUCCGGUAUUGGGAUUUAUUGCGAAAGUACCGUGAACCUAUGGCCUCAGUGCCUGUCUCACAAGAUCGUCUUCUAAAGCUUACACCAAAUCAAGAUGGCCAGUUUGUUGCUACUGGUGAUUCAAAGGGAACAUUGUAUCUUCUGUCUCUAUCGGACGUGUUGGUGAACUCGGAUGAGAAUGAUAAACAACUAAUGAUACAAACACUUGAUCGUGAAACCCAUAGAGAACACAUAUUAGAGAAUCGAGUAAAAGAAAUAAAACUGAAAUUAAAGGCAGGGGAAGACAAGAAAGAGUGCUUAGAGAUGGAAGUUGAAAACGAAGAAGAGAAAGAGGAUACGGAGUUUAUGACAUUGGAGGACGAGUAUCAUGCAAUUGUUUCAGCUGAAUUACGUAAUAUGGAAGGUAGAUCGAUGUACAUAAGAGGAGACCCGAUGAGAAGGCGAUAA